AGUCGUGUUUGUACUCACAAACGAUGGGACCAACAGUGAGGGACUUCAAUGGAGCAGAGUCGGACACAGAUCGAGAUCUUCUUCUUGAGCAGGACUAUGGUGAUGGAGCCAGAAGAAAAUGCAGGAAGAACAGUGCAGAGAAGCGAGCCCGUAGGGACGAGCCAUUCUCAAUGACGGCAACCUGCCGGCGGUCAGCUGAGCACCUGCCAGGGACCAUGUGGAGAAGUGAUGGUUUCACAUCACAAAGCUGUGAAGGCAUUUCCAGGUUACGCUCACUCACUUGUUAUUGAUGAGAGGGUAACGGCCGAAGCUGCUGGGUCUGGUGACGCCCACGUAGAGAGGUUUGGCAUUGAGCUGUGAUCAGCUAGAGACGGUACAUCUCCACCCUACGAUGCUAUAUUGGGGAACAGAAGUGCAGUUACAGCUCACUUAAGGAAGGACUGGAAACUGUGAUGCGGAUGAAGAGGUCAAGAGAUGAAAUAUUGGGCGAGGAGAGCGCUGUCGUCAGGUGUGUCAUACUUACGGCAGUGGUCCCACGGCCACAUUCAAAGUGGAAUCUGUAUCCAGGGAAUAGACACAGGAGAAAGGAAUUCUCUUUGGAAUGGCAAAAGAGUUGUUGUUGGCAGGAUAGACGAACAAGGUGUUGGAGUAGAUGCCAUGCGUGAUGUUGGUCUGAAAGAAGUGGUGGAAUAAUAAAAAGACAAUCAACAUCUUGUAGCUUGUGCAGCAGAAGUGAGGAUGACCAGUGAUCAGAAUAACACCAGUGUGACUGUGGUGAUAGGUCGUCUUUCUUUACCGUCAGUUUGUUUCCACAGGCGCCAGCUUGGUUCACAACCUCAUACCACACGACGCCAUUCGACACUCUUGUGUAUGUGCAGUUUCGCAUCGCAAGAUUGCCGGAUCGAGCAUCCAAACCAAGGUUGAGGAAGCUGACCACAUUGAGGCCAACCUGGAUCUUGCUACUGCUGCAAACCAGCUGAGAAGGUCUGAGUGAAUCGUCUGUAUCUGAAAUUUGUCAUGAGAAUUGAUGAAUAACUCCGGUAGUUAAACAUGAACACAGUGGCUUUACGUGAUACUCAGUAGAGGAAGGAAGCUCACCUUCACAGACAACACUGGCGUCCUCCCUGUGUGCACAGUUGUGGAUCCCAAAUCCUCGAUGGCGACAGUCGGUGAUGGAAUUUUCUCUCCCAGAACAGUUGACGUCGUCCAGCCAGAUGGGGCCACUUCCUUGGCCGUAGGCUGCAUUUUGAGGGGCGCUUCUAGCGCGGCCACAGUCCAGCUGUCUGCACACCACGUUGGCAUCGUUGAGGUCCCAGAAGUCGUCACACACCGUCCCCCACUGGUUGUUGUGGAAGAUCUCCACUCUGCCCGUACAGCGGCUGCCUGAGUUGACCAACCUGACUGGGGCAGCCGCUUCAGAGGUGGAGAUGAGAUAAACGCAGCAGAUCAUGAUGGUGGAAAACACUGGCUAAAUGGUGGAACUGUCAAUGAAUUUACCUUCACAAACCACCCCAGCAUCCUCUCUGUGGCUGCAGUCGUGAGAUCCGAUCCCUCGGUGACGGCACUCGCUGAGACUGGACUCUUGUCCAUUGCAACGGACGUCGUCCAGCCAAAUGGGCCCACUGCCUUGUCCAAAGCGGGCACUACCUGGAGCUGACAGGACCCUGCCACAGCCCAACUGUCUGCACACCACCUGAGCGUCGGUCACGUCCCAGAGGUCGUCGCACACUGUCCCCCACCGUCCAGAAAAAUUGAUCUCCACUCUUCCAGAGCAUGAACUGUUCCCUCCGAUCAGGCGGAUCUGCCCUUCAGCCAGGGAGACGUUCGCAGUCGUUGCAGGAGCAGAAGUCUGAUUCUGCAUUAUAUGAGUGGUUGAUUCAGCAGGGGGUGUAGUUGGGCGUGGGAUAGUGGUUGUGCUGGGCCCAAGGUGAGCUGAACAGAAAAAGACAUGAGCAAUUUGAACCUUGAGUAACCGCUUGGAAGGACGUAAAAAUAAUUUAAUUCAAGUACAAGGACUUAACUUUCCAAAAGGGAAACCAAGACGCAACUGAAUAACAAUCCGAAGCAGAAAGAAAAUGGACAGAUUUGACAGUUUUGUUUUGUUACACAAACAUUAAAUGAAAAAUUAACAAUUAUUAAUACUUUUCCUAAAAUGUUGUGACUGCAAUUACCUUCACAAAUGACCCCAGCAUCUUCCAAAUGUACGCAGUUGUUGACACCAAAUCCUGAAUGUUCACAUUCCGUGAUAGAGCAUUCAUGACCAUGACAUUGGACAUCAUCCAACCAGAUGGGUCCAGCUCCCUCUCCAAAGCGAGCGUUGUGAGGAGCAGCCACUGCUCUGCCGCAGUUGAGCUGUCUGCACACCACAUUGGCAUCACGCAGGUCCCAGAAGUCAUCGCACACCGUUCCCCAACGACCAUCAACAAGGACCUCGACUCUGCCAGCGCAGCGGCUGCUGCCGUUGACCAGUCGCACAGGAACAGGAGCUUAGAUGUCGGCAGUGGAGAAGAUUGAAAACAUGAUCAUUAUUUACCAGACAUUUACAGACGAGAAACUGAAUUACAACACAAUGUCUAUCAAGAAAAGACAACAAACAAACCGUUACAAUCCAUGGUGGUACGAGAGGUUUCUGAAGGUGUUAUGACUGAAGAUGUGGUUCCUGGAGUUGUGGAAUCUGUAGUUGUUGAUUCUGAAGUUGUAGCUCCUGGAGUCGAGGUUCCUGCAGUUGAGCGUUCUGAAGUCGUGGUUCCUUCAGUUGUGGGUUCUGAAGUCGUGGUUCCUGUAGUUAUGAGUUUUGAUGUUGUGAGGUCUAAAAUUGUGGUUUCUUCAAUUAUGGGUUCCGAAGUUUUGGUUCCCGUGGUUGUGAAUUCUGAAGUUGUUGUUUCUGUGCUUGUGGGUUCUGAGGUUUUGGAUCCUGCAGUUGUGAGUUCUAAAGUUGUGGUUUCUGCAGUCGUGGGCUCUGCAGUUAUGGUUUCUGCAGUCGUAGGUUCUGAUGUUGUGGUUCUUGCGUUUGUGAAUUCUGAUGAUGUGGUUUCUGCAGGUGUGGGUUCUGAAGCUGUGGUUCCUGUAGUCUUGAGUUCUGAUGUUGUGGGUUCUGAAGUUGUGGGUCCUGCAGUUGUGGCUUCAGAAGUUAGGGGUUCUGAAGUUGUAGGUUCUGAAGUCGUAGUUCCUGCAGUCUUGAGUUCUGAAGUUGUGGUUUCUACUAUUGUAGGUUCUGAAGUUUUGGUUCCUGUAGUCGUGAGUUCAGCCGUUGUGGUUUCUGCAAUUGUAGUUUCUGGCAUUGUAGGUCCUGAAGUUGCGGUUUCUGCAGCUAUGGGCUCUGAAGUCGUGGGUUCCAAAGUUGUUGGUUCUGUAGAUACUGCAGUUGUGAUGUCUGGAGUUGUUGGUUCAGAAGUUGAUGUUUCGGUAGAUGUGAGAUCGAACAUUGUGGUUUCUACUGUGGUGGUUUCUGAUGUUGUGUGUACAGAAGUUGUGGUUUCUGCAUUUGUGGGUUCCGAAGUUGUUGGUUCUGCAGUUGAGGGUUUUGAGAUUGUGGUGUCUGGAGUUGUGAGUUCCAAAGUAGUGGUUUCCACAGUUGUGGUUUGUGAAAAUGCGGUUUCUUCAGUUGUGAGUUCUGAAGUUGUGGUUUCUGCAGUUGUGGGACCUGAAGUUGUGGGUUCUGAAGUUGUGGUUUCUGCAGUUGUGGGACCUGAAGUUGUGGUUUCUGACGUGGUGUGUUCCAAAGUUGUGGUUUCCACAGUUGUGGAUUCUAAGGUUGUGGUUUCUUCAGUUGUUUGUCCAAAGGUUGUGGUUUCUUUAGUUGUGGUUUCUAACGUUGUGGUUUCUGCAGUUGUGGAUUCUAAGGUUGUGGUUUCUUCAGUUGUGGUUUCUGCAUUUGUGGGUUCCCAAGUUGUGGUUUCUGCAUUUGUGGGUUCUGCCGUUGUGUGUUCCAAAAUUGUGGUUUCCACAGUUGUGGGUUGUGAAGAUGUGGUUUCUGCCGUUGUGGGUUUUGCCGUUGUGUGUUCCAAAAUUGUGGUUUCCACAGUUGUGGGUUGUGAAGAUGUGGUUUCUGCAGUUGUGGAUUCUAAGGUUGUGGUUUCUUCAGUUGUGGUUUCUGCAUUUGUGGGUUCUGAAGUUGUGGGUUCCCAAGUUGUGGUUUCUGCUGUUGUGGGUUCUGAAGUUAUGGGACCAGAAGUUGUGGGUUCCGAAUUUGUGGUUUCUGCAGUUGUGGGUUCUGAUGUUGUGUGUUCCAAAAUUGUGGUUUCCACAGUUGUGGGUUGUGAAGAUGUGGUUUCUUCAGUUGUGGAUUCUAAGGUUGUGAUUUCUUCCGUUGUUUGUCCAAAGGUUGUGGUUUCUUCAGUUGUGGUUUUUUCAGUUGUGGUUUCUGCAGUUGUGGGUUCUGAAGUAGUGGUUUCUGCUGUUGUGGGUUCUGAAGUUGUGGUUUCCACAGUUGUGGAUUCUAAGGUUGUGGUUUCUUCAGUUGUUUGUCCAAAGGUUGUGGUUUCUUUAGUUGUGGUUUCUAACGUUGUGGUUUCUGCAGUUGUGGAUUCUAAGGUUGUGGUUUCUUCAGUUGUGGUUUCUGCAUUUGUGGGUUCUGAAGUUGUGGGUUCCCAAGUUGUGGUUUCUGCAUUUGUGGGUUCUGCCGUUGUGUGUUCCAAAAUUGUGGUUUCCACAGUUGUGGGUUGUGAAGAUGUGGUUUCUGCCGUUGUGGGUUCUGCCGUUGUGUGUUCCAAAAUUGUGGUUUCCACAGUUGUGGAUUGUGAAGAUGUGGUUUCUUCAGUUGUUUGUCCAAAGGUUGUGGUUUCUUCAGUUGUGGUUUUUUCAGUUGUGGUUUCUGCAGUUGUGGGUUCUGAAGUAGUGGGUUCCCAAGUUGUGGUUUCUGCUGUUGUGGGUUCUGAAGUUGUGGUUUCUGCAGUUAUGGGACCAGAAGUUGUGGGUUCCGAAUUUGUGGUUUCUGCCGUUGUGGGUUCUGUCGUUGUGUCUUCCAAAAUUGUGGUUUCUACAGUUGUGGGCUGUGAAGAUGUGGUUUCUUUAGUUGUGGAUUCGAAGGUUGUGGUUUCUGCAGUUGUUUGUCCAAAGGUUGUGGUUUCUUCACUUGUGGUUUCUUCAGUUGUGGUUUCUAACGUUGUGGUUUCUGCAGUUGUGGAUUCUAAGGUUGUGGUUUCUUCAGUUGUGGUUUCUAACGUUGUGGUUUCUGCAGUUGUGGAUUCUAAGGUUGUGGUUUCUUCAGUUGUUUGUCCAAAGGUUGUGGUUUCUUCACUUGUGGUUUCUUCAGUUGUGGUUUCUGCAGUUGUGGGUUCUGAAGUUGUGGGUUCCCAAGUUGUGGUUUCUGCUGUUGUGGGUUCUGAAGUUGUGGUUUCUGCAGUUAUGGGACCAGAAGUUGUGGGUUCUGAAUUUGUGGUUUCUGCCGUUGUGGGUUCUGCCGUUGUGUCUUCCAAAAUUGUGGUUUCCACAGUUGUGGGUUGUGAAGAUGUGGUUUCUUCAGUUGUGGAUUCUAAGGUUGUGGUUUCUUCAGUUGUUUGUCCAAAGGUUGUGGUUUCUUCAGUUGUGGUUUCUAACGUUGUGGUUUCUGCAGUUGUGGAUUCUAAGGUUGUGGUUUCUAAUGUUGUGGUUUCUGCAUUUGUGGGUUCUGAAGUUGUGGGUUCCCAAGUUGUGGUUUCUGCUGUUGUGGGUUCCAAAAUUGUGGUUUCCACAGUUGUGGGUUGUGAAGAUGUGGUUUCUUCAGUUGUGGGUUCUAAGGUUGUGGUUUCUUCAGUUGUUUGUCCAAAGGUUGUGGUUUCUUCAGUUGUGGUUUCUAACGUUGCGGUUUCCACAGUUGUGGGUUGUGAAGAUGUGGUUUCUUCAGUUGUGAGUUCUGAAGUUGUGGUUUCUUCAGUUGUGGAUUCUAAUGUUGUGCUUUCUUUAGUUGUUGGCUCUAAGGUUGUGCUUGCUUCCGUUGUGGGUUCUGAAGUUGUUGGUUCUGCAGUUGAAGGUUUUGAGAUUGUGGUUUCUGGAGUUGCGAGUACAGAAGUUGUGGUUUCUUCAGUUGUAGGUUCUAGAGUCAUGGUUUCUUCAGUUGUGUGUUGUAAGGUUGUUGUUUCUUCAGGUGUAAUUUCAGCAGUUUUGGUUUCUUCUGUAGUGGUUUCUAUCGUUGUGAUUACUUCAGUUGUGGAUUCUGAAGUUGUCCUUUUUGAAGUUCUGUGUUCUAAGGUUGUGGUUUCUUCAGGUGUGGUUUCUGACGUGGUUUCUUCAGUUGUGGUUUCGAAGGUUGUUGUUUCUUCAGUUGUGGGUUCUAAGGUUGUUGUUUCCUCAGGCGUGGUUUCUUCAGUUGUGGGUUCUAAGGUUGUGGUUUCUUCAGUUGUGGGUUCUAAGGUUGUUGUUUCAUCAGUUGUGGGUUCUAAGGUUGUUGUUUCCUCAGGCGUGGUUUCUAAGGUUGUGGGUUCUAAGGUUGUUGUUUCUUCAGUUGUGGGUUCUAAGGUUGUUGUUUCCUCAGGCGUGGUUUCUAAGAUUGUGGGUUCUAAUGUUGUUGUUUCUUCAGUUGUGGGUUCUAAGGUUGUUGUUUCUUCAGUUGUGGGUUCUAAGGUUGUUGUUUCUUCAGGCGUGGUUUCUAAGAUUGUGGGUUCUAAUGUUGUUGUUUCUUCAGUUGUGGGUUCUAAGGUUGUUGUUUCUUCAGUUGUGGGUUCUAAGGUUGUGGGUUCUAAGGUUGUUGUUUCUUCAGUUGUGGGUUCUAAGGUUGUUGUUUCCUCAGGCGUGGUUUCUAAGAUUGUGGGUUCUAAGGUUGUUGUUUCCUCAGGUUUAAUUUCAGCCGUUGUGGUUUCCAAGGUUGUGAUUCCUUCAGUUGUGGAUUCUAACCAUGUUGUUUCUUCAGGUGUGGUUUCUAAGGUUGUGGAUUCUUCAGUUGUGGGUUCUAAGCUUGUUGUUUCUUCAGGUGUGGUUUCUAAUGUUGUGGGUUCUUCACUUGUGGGUUCGAAGAUUGAUGUUUCUUCAGGUGUCAUUUCUAAGGUUGUUGUUACUUCACAUGUGGUUUCUUCAGUUGUGGGUUCUAAAGUUGUCAUUUCUGAAGUUGUGUGUUCUAAGGUUGGUGUUUCUUCUGUUGUGGGUUCUAAGGUUGUUGUUUCUUCAAGUGUAUUUCCAGCAGGUGCUUUCAAAAAGCUCAAAUCGAACAAUCUGCUUCUCACAGAUGGCUCUGUCAGCCGCUCCUUACCUGAAGGCAUCAUGUCAGUGAAGACAUUUUUUAUGACAUCCUUUUCUCCAUUCAUCAGUUCUGCUCAAGAGAAAUGAAGUCAGUGUAGAUAGUAGAAUAUAAAGCUCAACAGCUUCAACAUACAAUGAAGAAAAUGUGCACCUGAAGAACUUCCUGCUCCAGUCUGUAAGAUGAGGAGCAACGCCAGGAUCUUAAACAACCCCAUAGUGGACCAGACCUGUGGCACCAACCUGUGGAGGAACAAAGAAACGUCUAUGGACAUUUACAGUCGUGAGAUGUCUCCCCAUCAGUCUUUACCUGUGAGAAAGCUGUGAGAUCCAGGAGUCAGGGAGGAAGAGGGAUUGUCACGGUGCAUGAGGGAAGCGGAAUAUAUAUAGGCCCAAGAAAAACACUCAAAGUUGAAGAACACAAAUGGACCACUGAUCAAAGAAAUCACACCCUACUAGAGCAGUUACUUAUUAAUCAAAUAUAAUACAAAAAGCAUCUCUUUCAACAGAAACAAAUCCCCAGUAAACGCAGGUUGCAACACCUUGAUCAAUCUCGUGUGGACAAACAGAGCUCUUGAGCUCCAUGUUUGCCCAUUUUAUCGACACCUUGCAGAUACACAGCACAUGUUUGAUUUCAACACAGAAGUGCACAGUGCCCUCGUCCCUGCUGCAGCAGCUUCAUCCUGGGUCCUGGGGUUGAGAGCCACAUGUGACUUAACUUAGAUACGGACCAGGGCCGGCAAUGUUUUGAAGCUCCAUUUUAUUUGAACUAGUUUUGUCUGUGUAUUGAUCUAUGUGCUUGUGGCUAUAUUGUCAUCAUUGCUAACUUCCACUCUGUCUUUUACACAAUAUUACAAUGUGUUUGUUUAUCUUUCUAAAUUCACUUUAACUUUCCUUUUGUUUUAAUAAAAUCAAUCAGAGGGACAAAAGUGUUAAGGAUGUAUUUCAACAAAAGUAUCAGGGUGGUCAGGUGGUGACAGUUGGACAACUGUUAUGUAAUUUCACCCCUUUUGAUAUUCAACAGGCCAGCUGGAGCAGCAGGUCACGUGGCUCUUAAAAAAA